AUAAGACCUAUCGAAGCUUGAAGAGAACGUUUCGGCAUAGUUUGCAGUUUGCAUCUUCUAAUUACAGACCCACAUGAACUCCUAAUCGCUGAUUAAGAAUGGAUACGGAUGUUGACGAUACUUGUAAAGCCGGAGGCGAAGGAGAGAAGGGGAAACCAAUUGUGGUGCUAUUAAUGGGCGCCCCAGGAAGCGGCAAGUCCACCUUCUGCGACCAAGUCUUGCGUUCCUCAGCUCGGCCCUGGGUCCGCAUUUGUCAGGAUACAAUUAAUAACGGCAAAUCUGGAACGAAGGUCCAGUGCCUAAAGAAUGCAGCCCGUGCAUUGAAGGAGGGAAAAAGUGUAUUUAUUGACAGAUGCAACUUGGAAAGAGAACAACGUGUGGAUUUUAUGAGGCUUGGAGCUCUUCAAGUAGAGAUGCAUGCUGUGGUCCUUGAUCUUCCUGCCAAACUUUGUGUAUCUCGAUCUGUUAAACGGACUGACCAUGAAGGGAAUUUGCAAGGUGGAAAAGCUGCAGCAGUUGUGAAUAGUAUGUUACGGAAGAAAGAACUGCCUAAGUUGAGUGAAGGGUUUUCUCGAAUUGUGUUUUGCCAGAAUGAGAGUGAUGUUCAAGCUGCUCUUGAUACAUACAUUGGGCUUGGUGCUUUGGAUACCCUUCCACAUGGUUGUUUUGGCCAAAAGAAUCCAGAUGCCAAAGUUCAACUUGGUAUAAUGAAGUUCUUGAAGAAAGUAGAUGUUCCUUCUAAUGCCAGAUCCAAUGCAAGUAGAGGUCAGGAUUCUGCACCUCCUGAAUCUACUGAGGUAAAGAAUCCCAUCUGUGAAGGACGAGAAAACAUUUCUUCAUUAUCAGAUACUGCAGGUGAGGAGGGAAAGAUAAGUGAUGACCUGGUAGUGGACUCUGUCAACCAGAAUAGUUCUUUAAAUGAUGUUCCCACUCUGGCAUUUCCAUCUAUUUCAACAUCUGAUUUCCAAUUCAACCAUGAAAAGGCCUCUGACAUAAUUAUUGAGAAAGUUGAGGAGUUUCUAUAUAAGCUUGGAAAUGCUCGGCUUGUAUUAGUGGACUUGACUCAUGGAUCAAAGAUUUUAUCUUUGGUUAGGGCUAAAGCUGCACAAAAAAACAUUAACCCCAAAAAUUUCUUCACAUUUGUAGGAGAUAUAACUCGACUUCAUUCCAGAGGAGGUUUACACUGUAAUGUAAUCGCUAAUGCUGCCAACUGGCGGCUGAAACCUGGAGGUGGAGGCGUGAAUGCUGCUAUCUUCAGUGCUGCAGGUCCUGCCCUGGAGGUUGCAACCAAGGAACAGGCUAAAUCUCUUUCCCCUGGGAAUGCGGUGGUUGUCCCACUCUCUUCAGCAUCUCCCUUGCAUAGUAGUGAAGGGGUGACCCAUGUUAUACAUGUUCUUGGACCUAAUAUGAACCCAAAUAGACCAAAUUGUCUUGAUGGUGACUAUCUUAAAGGCUGCAAAAUUCUUCGAAUGGCUUACACAUCACUUUUUGAAGGUUUUCUAUCGGUAGUAAGGUCCCAAGAAAAGUUACCCAAGGGAAGCAUUGAAAAAAUUGGGUCAAAGCCUUCAGUCUUACUAGGUCACUCUAAAGAUGCCCCUAAAAUUUUUUCUUUAAAAAGUGAUCAAAAGAUAAAAAGAGAUGGUGUAUAUGAACAUGAAAGAAGCAAGAAGUGCAAGGGGUCUCAAAAUGAAGUAGGAUCCGAUAUUAAUGUUUCUAGGGCUGGAAAGGUAAAUGCCAACAAUGACAAUACUGGUGGAAGUAAUUCUAAGGUCUGGGCCUCCUGGGCUCAAGCUCUUUACAACAUUGCCAUGCAUCCUGAAAAGCAUAAGGAUGAUCUGCUUGAGAUAACAGACGAUUUUGUUGUACUAAAUGAUCUUUAUCCGAAGGCAAAAAAACACAUUUUGGUGCUGGCACGAUGUGAUGGUCUUGAUCACUUGGCAGAUGUCAGUAAAGAACAUCUUCAACUCUUAAAAAUGAUGCAUGCUAUGGGUUUGAAGUGGGCCGAGAAGUUCUUGCUUGAAGAUGCAUCACUGGUCUUCCGCCUCGGAUAUCACUCGGUUCCAUCUAUGCGCCAACUACACCUACAUGUUAUUAGCCAGGAUUUUGAUUCUAAACAUCUUAAGAAUAAGAAGCACUGGAACACUUUCACUACUGCAUUUUUCCGCGAUUCAGUUGAUGUAAUCGAGGAAAUCAGUAACCAUGGGAAAGCAACACUAAUGGAUGAAGAGAGCGUGUUGUUAAUGGAAUUGCGCUGCCAUCGAUGUAGAAGUGCACACCCCAACAUACCCAGGCUUAAAUCGCAUAUUACCAAUUGUCGAGCGCCCUUCCCUGCCAACCUACUUCAAAAUGGCCGGCUUGUGCUUGCACCAAGUGACACCUAGAUCUUUAUAAAUCAUAUUUUGUCAAAAUCUAUGGUGCAUAGUGUCUGGUUAGUGUAAGAUUUUUGGUUGCCCAUGGGACACUGUUAAUGAAACUUUUGUAUAGAUGUCAGUAUAUGCUAAACCAGUUUUUGCCCUGAUCAUGGAGUUGUUGCUAGUAAUGGGAUCCAAAAGCAAUUGCUGUCGCUCUAUUUACAAAGUUGGAAUCUUGUUAAUAUUAAAUUAAUUUUCUAUAUGAUUCUCUUGUUAUAUUGUAACUUAUGAAUUGAGCUGAUU